AUGGCCAAGUGUACAGAUACCUGGCCGGUGAAUGCAUUGCCUUCCAAAAUGAACCUUCCAAGCAAAACUAACGAGAAAGAGUCAGACUUUCCCAUUUGUCAGCCACCAGACAAAGCCAUCGAGGAUAUAGAGAGGAUCAUGGUGGAACAUACAAUGGCUGCCAUGAUCGUGGCGAUGCUGAUGGUUGUUGUUAUGGCAGCAAAUGCCGAUGACACAAACGAUGUUUUCAAUCCAUGUUUAGAUUCUAAAGUUCAGAAAUCUGAUGGGUUUACGUUUGGUCUUGCAUUUUCAAACAAAGAUUCAUUCUUUUUCAAUCAGGUUCAACUAUCACCUUGCGACAGCCGCCUCGCCCUUGCCAGCAAGAAUGCUCAACUCGCAGUGUUUAGGCCAAAGGUCGACGAGAUUUCUCUCCUUACCAUCAAUAGCAGCACCUUUGAUCCGGCCAAGGCCGGAGGAUUUAUGGUAGCGUUCGCUGGACGUAAGUACGCAGCAAGAUCAGUCCCAUUAAUGGUUGCUGAUCCCAGUAACACCAUAACUAGUUUUACUUUGGUUCUUGAAUUUCAAGAGGGGAUUUUACAAAACCUGUAUUGGAAGAGCUCAGGGUGUGAUUCAUGCUCUGGACAUCCUUUUGUUUGCCUUAACAAACAAGACUGUGCAGUGGCUACCUCCCAAUGUAAAGGACAUGGUGGGACUAUUGAUUGUGACUUGAACAUACAGUUAGCAUUCUCAGGUACAGACAAGAGUCUGGAAGCCCUCAACUCUUGGUAUGAGGUCAGUAAUCUCCGGCAGCACUCGCUCUACGGCCUAUUCUCUGAUGUCCGUGAUUCGAUCACUGAUCCAUUUGACAAGCUAAUCUGA